AACACCAGGGCCAACUAUGCUGGUCACGUUCGGCGAGGACGACAGUGGCUGGCAAGUUACUUCAAAACACCAGCCGUUAGCGAAUCGGAGAGACGUGACAUUGCAUCAGACGACUUACUCAUUCCAAUGCCGUCAUCACCUGCAAGUUUUGACAUGCACAGCGACAAUGAUGCGCAUGAUGACCCUGCCUUCAAAGAUGUGUUUGACCGGAUACCGAACAGAUGCUCACACAAAGCACUUGCACUUUUCAUGUCCCUGAAAGGGUUCCAUGAGAAUCUAAGUAAAACUACCGUUGAGAGCAUCCAUUCAGCAUUUAAGAAGAUGUGGGACCUGUCGGAUGGUGACACCUAUCGCGGCAAAUGGCACUUUGAUGAGGCGAGAUGGCGUUGGGAAGGAAACCCUGCUGAUUCUGCAGAUGUUUACGACGUGCUGUCGUCCAUCAAGCAUAAGGCUAGUGCGGAGGGGCGGAGAUCGCACUCACUCGAUGGCAAUGACAAAGGAUUACAUGGAUCGAGUGCUCCGAUGGCAUCAGGCUGCGUAUCUGCAUCUGGACUUGAAACAAGGAAACAACUCACCCAACAUCUUGAACAGAUCGCACUUGCGGCCAGUGGAUGGACACUAUGGACAAGGUGCGACUUGUGUUUCGAGCUCAUUAAGUUGCAGCGAAAGGACAUCACGCUUGAUGUGACGAUGUUGGACGGUGUGCUGAAAUCAUACCUCGCAAAUGAGACGCUGACUAUGAGUGACCGUGCAUCUGACUUUGAGAUCUUCCUCUCAAACCGGAAGGGAUGGCAAAAGAAAGUCGACAAGGGCCAGUGGGAAGUAGAUCUGAGGUGUAAGUUAUGCUGGCCUGCGACAAUUUCUUUCUGGAUGUUAGUGUGGAUCAAGUGGCUUGAAUUUUUUCACUAUGGAUGGACCCUUCACCCAAACGACUUCCUAUUCCCUGUGAUGGGUGCAAACAGUGUUGUCCACCCCGGACAGCCAAUCUCUCACGAUACUGUACAAAAAUGGAUCAAUGAGUCAACUGCCGGUGCUGGCAUCCUUGGUAACUUCUCAACUCACUGCUUUCGUUGUGGAGGCGCACAGUACUGGUUUAUGUUCGCUCCUGUAGGCCAACGAUGGACACUUGCUAAAGUCCGCUGGUGGGGUGGAUGGGCUGAUGGGGAGCAUCGUGAUACACUUGUUUGCUACCUCCUCGAUGAACUACAUGCAUAUGAAACUGACUACAGUGAUGCUCUUGCCCCCAUCUCCCAUGGUGCCGAUGUCUCCCUCGCCGGUGAACACGCUCUUGCAAGGCCGGUGGUCCACUGA